AUUUAAUACAAUGGAACAUAUCGACCGCACCCAACUCUACACUGACUCGGACUAUCGAUUCGGCUAUGUUUCCAAGUUUAUGGAAUUUGGCGCCGAUGAUAUUGAGGCGAUCAAGGCAGUAGCUGAACAAGUUCGUCCAUUGGUCCCGGUGGUAGUAGAUGCUGUCUAUGACAAACUUUUCCAAUUUGACAUCACCAAGAAGCACUUUCUUCCUAAGAACGAAGGCUUCCAAGGUCCUACUGAUGGACAGGGUAAAGUUGCGGAUAGUAUUGAAGACCUUACCAUAGAUAACCCGCAAAUCAAGUUCCGCAAAGAUUUUUUGAGCAAAUACCUCAACCGACUUCUCUCUGGUCCAUAUGAUGAAAAGAUGCUGAAGUAUCUUGAUUGGGUUGCCAAGAUCCACACAGAUACGCCAAGUAAGAAAAGUAAAAUAUCCGUCGACUAUAUCCAUGUGAAUGCGUUGAUGGGAUAUGUAGAGUCCACUCUGGUAGGUGGCUUGCUGUCACUUAAAUUGGACAGAGAAACAGAGUCUGCCGCGCUGCUUGCCUUCAACAAACUUCUUUGGAUCCAAAAUGAUUUCUUUGCAAAGUACUAUUGCAAGGAUGGCGUCGAGGAGCAAUCAGUGUCAAGCACAUGUUCGUUCAUGAACUCCGCGUGUCAAAAUACUAAAAAGUCGGAUUCCAUAACAUUAUUAUAAUCUUCGUGUCGCUAAGGUCUGCCAACACAGAAAUGCAAACCCAUAUGAGGCAUAACGUGAUAUUAUGAGCUGUAACUAGAUCAUGUCGUCGUCAACUUAUUU